AUGGCGCCAGUCCUGCGACAUAGGCAGAGCCUCUCCAAGGAUCGUUUUCCUGCAUAUUUUGGCAGCCUGCGCAGCCAGCCCUACUCGGACCCCAACACAUCACGAGCGCCUGGCGCCAACAAUAAUCUAAGAUGCAUCGCGUGGAAUCCGCUAGGGACGCUGGUAGCUACAGGAUCAAGCAGCAAGACGCUGCGAGUUUGGAACCCUGAAAAGGCGCACGUCAAGUUUUCAACGGAGCUCAAAGGUCACGCCGCGCCUAUUGAAAAGGUUGCCUUCAACCCGACCAAGGAUGCGGAGCUGUGCAGCGUCAGCAGCGACGGCGUCGUCAAGUUCUGGGAUGUGCGCACCAAGGCCUGCUUCAACGAGGUGUCUGGGCUCGGAGAUGCCUUUACGCUGGCGUGGGCACCAGACGGACAGACGCUCAUUGUCGGAAACAAGGCCGACAUCAUACACGUGCUCUCGCCAACGUCCACGACACCCAUCUCGUCGCACCAGCAGCCGGUCGAGACGAACCAGGUUGCGUUUUGCUGGAGCGGGACCAAAGUCUUUGUCACGACAGGCGACGGGCGCACGCGCAUCCUUGCGUACCCGUCCUUUACGCCGGUCCUGGAGCACGUGGUCGAGAGCGACGGGGGCGACGGGGGCGACGGGGGCGACGGGGAACAGGAACAGGACCAGGGACGGACGAAGCGCGAGUUUGCGCUGAGCGGGCACACGUCGUCGUGCCUGACGGUGGAGAUGCAGCCCUCGGCGCGGUACCUGGCGACGGGCGGCUCAGAUUCCGUCAUUGCGUUGUGGGACACGACGGAUUGGCUGUGUUUCACAUUUGAUGGCAGUUACAUUGUGGGGGGCAGUGAUGAGGGCAAUGGUUUGGACGUAUGUCAUGUUGAGACGGGCGAGCUAGUGCAUAAAUUCAAAACAGCAGGUUCCUGCCCGGUGGUAGCAUGGGCUCCGACUCGGUAUUGCUUGGCAUAUACGGAUCUAGGAGUGCUGCGUAUUGUAGGCGUGGAUGUGGAUAAGAAGUAG